AUGGCGAAGAAAACCGGCAAGAAGUGGAAGAAAGUCGUAAAGCCUAGCGAUAAGACUUUGAAGGGGAAGAAAGACGACAUCAUCAUCCCUAUCAUGGGAUCGACGGGUGCCGGAAAGAGCACCUUCAUCAAUACCUACCUCGGGGAGGAGAGGGCGCGGACGUCAGACUCUCUUAACUCGUGCACCCCCGAGGUGAAGGACUAUCAUCACACUCUGCCAUCGAAAAGGCGGGUCGUCCUUGUGGAUACGCCGGGCUUCAACGACACACAUGAGGACGAAGCGGAGAUCCUAAGGCGUGUUUCCGUCUGGCUCGCAAGCGCAUACGAAGCAGAAAUGAAGGUCGCCGGUGUCAUAUACCUUCAUGAUGUUUCGCAGAAACGCAUGUACGGGUCGACCCGGUUAAACCUGACUAUGUUCCAGAAUCUCUGUGGACCGAACUUCUUCUCGAAGGUCGUUAUGGCCACCACUCAUUGGGACGGCAUCAAUUUCAAUGCGGGUGUGGAACGAGAGGCUGAGCUCAGGCAAAACUACUGGUCGCCCAUCCUCAGCCAGGGUGGAACGAUCAGGCGUAUUGUCUCCAGACCGAAGGAUGUUCGCGAGGCUGUCAACCAUAUCGUUGCACAGCACAUUCGCAACGAAUCUCGCUCCAGCCCCGGGGUCGACGCGCUCGCGUUGCAGCACGAGCUGGUGGAGCUCGACAAGAGUAUCCCAAUGACACAGGCAGGGAAGAGGCUGAAAGGGACACUGCGCGAAAUCAUGGAGUCGCUGAAGGAGGGGUUGGCCCACGAGUCGGACCCACGGAGGCAGGAAGAGCUCAGGAGACAGAUGACUUUGCUCCAAUCGCAGGUUCGGGAACUUAACAUUCCGUUUGGGGAACGACUCAAGAGUUGGUUUGGUUUGUAA